AUGAUCCCUCCUCCAUCUAUGGCGAACUAUAGCCAUGCAGGGGACCACACCAUCUUGCAGAAUGUCUCUCCUCUUGCCACGUUCCUCAAACUGACCUCUCUGGGAUUCAUCAUUGGAGUCGGCGUGGUCGGGAACCUCCUGAUCUCCAUCCUGCUGGUCAAAGACAAGAGCCUGCACCGCGCACCCUACUACUUCCUGCUGGACCUGUGUGCCUCCGACAUCCUGCGCUCUGCCAUCUGUUUCCCCUUUGUCUUCACCUCUGUCAAGAAUGGAUCCACCUGGACCUAUGGCACCCUUACCUGCAAAGUGAUUGCCUUCCUGGGUGUGCUCUCCUGUUUCCAUACAGCAUUCAUGCUGUUCUGCGUCAGCGUCACUCGCUACCUGGCCAUUGCACAUCACCGCUUCUAUACGAAGAGGCUGACCUUCUGGACCUGUCUGGCCGUCAUCUGCAUGGUGUGGACGUUGUCAGUAGCCAUGGCCUUCCCCCCAGUGCUGGACGUAGGGACAUACUACUUUAUCCGGGAGGAGGACCAGUGCACGUUCCAGCACCGCUCCUUCAGGGCCAACGACUCGCUGGGUUUCAUGCUCCUGCUGGCGCUCAUCCUCCUAGCCACACAGCUGGUUUACCUCAAGCUCAUCUUCUUUGUUCAUGACCGUCGGAAGAUGAAGCCCGUCCAGUUUGUGCCGGCUGUCAGCCAGAACUGGACCUUCCACGGACCAGGCGCCAGCGGGCAGGCGGCAGCAAACUGGUUGGCUGGAUUUGGGAGAGGCCCCACCCCACCGACCUUGCUGGGCAUCCGGCAGAAUAGCAACGCGGCGGGCCGCAGACGUCUGCUAGUGCUGGACGAGUUCAAAACAGAGAAGAGGAUUAGUAGAAUGUUCUACAUCAUGACGUUUUUCUUUCUGGCUCUAUGGGGGCCCUAUCUGGUUGCUUGCUACUGGCGGGUGUUUGCCAGGGGCCCCGUGGUCCCUGCGGGCUACCUGACAGCAGCCGUGUGGAUGAGCUUCGCCCAGGCUGGGGUGAAUCCCUUCAUCUGCAUCUUCUCCAACCGGGAGCUCCGGCGCUGCUUCAGCACCACGCUCCUCUACUGCAGAAAAUCCAGGUUACCAAGGGAACCCUACUGCGUUAUAUGAAGGCUUUGCCCUGGGUUCCCCCCUCCCCACUUCUAUCUCUCUAUUUCCCUGAUUGAUCUUGAUCUGGGCUUGAUCCCAUUGUACAGCGCACUCUCUCGUUCUCUCUCUCUCUCGUUCUCUUCAUCCUCCGCUCC